ACGGAUACCCCUUCUUCUGUAUGACAAGAGGACCGAUGAUUGAACAUUUACCGGCCGGUGCAGCGACUGUUAUCUCUAUGAGGAGGUUUAAUUUAAUAUUAACAUGUUCUGAGUGGCAGUCGACGCGCAGCAAGAUCACCGCGGCGAGAGAAAAACACUGACUUCCUCCAUCUAUGGUGAAAGUCAUCACUUCCGGAGGAACAUAUCUGAGUUAACAUCAAACACCAGCAGGACUGCUUCAUCUUCUCUUUGAAUGAUAAAGACAUCUUGAGAUUAAGCUUAUGAAGGCUCUCAGUUUCUUCAACUACUGGAAAGCUAGUUAAGCUGGGAAGUGAAGGGGCCCUGCAGAGGCAGCGCUAUGGGCUGCGGGGGGAGCAGAACCGAUGCUCUGGAGCCUCGUUACCUGGAGAGCUGGACCAAAGAGACGGAGUCCACGUGGCUGACGAGCACAGACGGGGACAUCCCCCUGUCAUCCAUCCAGAGCAUCCCCUCUGACGAGUCCGAGGCCGGCUACACCUCUGAGAAAACAAUCUCCCCUGUUCCAGAUUUCUUUGAAGACAGCCUCCCUCCUCCGGCUCAGGCGUACCUGAAGGUUUGCUCAGCCAUAUCUGAAGCCAGUCUCAAUGAUGUGAAACCCAGCAGCCCGCCAUCAAUACUGGCCAGCCCUCAGCAGGAUGGGCUUCUACCCUCAUCUGGCACCACAGUGCACCGCAGAAGUGUCCUGCACACCGAAGAGAUUACAAAGUGGCAGGACAAUCGGAUGUCGACCAAGCAGGUGACCAUCACCGUGACGCAGAGCAUCCACCAGGUGGACAAGAACGGCAAGGUGAAGAAGUCCCUCACGACCUACGAGGUGAUGAAACCCGUGGAGGCGCUCAAACAGGUGGCGACGCAAAACGCUUGAAUGCAAGAGAGACUGGGAGAAGCCCGACAAAGACGACUGUGACACGAAUGAAUGCAACGGGUUCAUUGUGGGUGGAGAAGAAGUUUCAAUUCAGAACAUGUUGUAUUUUACACUGUGUGGUAUGAGAGGGUGACGUGGAAAACAUCGAUUUGGUCAGAAAAAUACAAGCUAUGAUACUUCAUAGUUAUUAGAGUAACUAUUUCACAACAGGCUUUACUGAAUAUAACAGUGUGUUUAUGUCAGUUUUGUUGUUUGCCAUUAAAACACAGCAACGCUCAGGAAAGGGAAGGCAACUGAGGAGGAUUACGUCAUCAUGUUGAUUUGCACAAAACAAUAUUCACAGCUUAUCCGGCGUUGUGUGCGUUUGUGUUUUUAUUAAAUAAACUAACAUUUUAUGGCGUUGCUUUAAAUGACUUCACGUGAUCCGCUCAAGGAAGAUCAGUUUUCAGAACACAAACACUUUCUCUGCCAGCUCAACAGUCUUUAAACUCUCGUGGACCUGAAGAUUUGGACACAUCUGGGAGCUGCUCUACGGUGAAAAUGUGUGGAUCUGGUGCUGAUGGUCGUAGCGCAUGUUUCCUGAUCUGAACAAGGGCUCCUCCUUCUUCAUCCACUCCUCUGCUUUAAAAUCAGGGAAGAAGAAACGUAUCUCUCUUUGAGCUGACUCUAGAGAAUCUGGGGGAAAGAGAUGAUGGUAAACAGUUUUAGCACAGUUAAAGAUCUCUCUAUAGUUUAAGACUUUUAUGAAUCAUUGGUCCAUGAAUGCAACUCAACAUUUCCUACCUGAGCCGUGAGUCGUGUUUCUUGUGUCUGUGAGCCCGAACUGGGCUCUAAGGGAAUCAGGUGACGUGUAUCUGGCUCUGAACACUUUGGUUGGUCCCAUCAGUUCCCUCCAGUGUCGUAUCGCAUCCUCCCUGGCUAAAAUGUAGGCUCGCAUCGGACCACUAGAAGGAAAAAAGGGGCAAAAAUUGACUUUUCUAAAAAGGUUUCAGGUAUUCACUCGAGGGCUACUAGAGAGGACAUUUCAUUGCUACAUAAAAAUCCAGCGGGCACAGCUAUCAGUUUCUCAGCUUUCACUAAACGACGACUGGCUGACUCUACGGACGCGUCUUCCAAUUAUAACAGAAGCCUGCUGAAAACGGUUGCUGUUGCACUGCUGUCGCUAGAGAAAAAAAAGACAAUGUAAUCAUAAACUGCCCCACUGGGUUUGAAAGGCUGAGACUCGUUGGUUCAUACAUAAUUAUUUUCAGCCAAUUGCUCUGGGAUGUAGUGCCAAACAUGGCUUCAUGCCAACUGCUCAGACUCCUGCUGUGAAGUUUCAGGUAGAUAUUGGUGACUUGCUAGGCGUGAAACAUGAGAACCAUGA